AUGAAGUUCGGCAAACAAAUCCAGCGCAGGCAGCUUGAUCUGCCAGAAUAUGCCGCUAGUUUCGUGAAUUAUAAAGCAUUAAAGAAGCUUAUAAAGCAAUUGAGUGCAACCCCGACUAUUCCCGCCCAGAGUUCUGUGGCCGUCCCUCAAAAUGCCUCCGAAGCGCAAGCUGCGCUUCGCGCGAACAAGGAGGUGUUUUUCUUCCGACUGGAGCGCGAAAUCGAAAAAGUCAAUACUUUCUACCUACAGAAGGAAGCCGAGUUCUCUCAACGGUUAAAAACCUUGGUUGAUAAAAAGCGAGUCGUGCAGUCGCGAACAGUGACCAAAUCUAAAGCUCCAGCAAAUCUUGUCGCACUUCUCGAAGGCUUCCAACAGUUCGAUGGGGAUCUGAAUAAACUUCAGCAAUUUGUUGAAAUCAAUGAGACGGCUAUGUCAAAGAUCCUCAAGAAGUGGGACAAAACAUCAAAGUCUCGCAUGAAGGAACUAUAUCUUCACCGCGCCGUCGAAGUACAACCGUGUUUCAAUAGAGAUGUUUUGCGCGACCUUUCUGAUCGGGCGACUACCGCCCGGAUAGAGCUUGAAGCUUGGGCGGAGGGUGAAAAUAUACAAUUCGAUACGACUCGUUCAGCCGAACGGACAACGGCACUUCAGCCUUUCGGAUCAGAAGAAGAAGACCUUGACCUUCAAGUGCUGCAGUCGGCCACUGCAGGAAAUCUACAAACCUUGCGCGAGUGGGCAGACAAACUGCAAAAAUCCCCCGACUCCCGCGAACGAGCUACGCGCACGUUCCUCGCCGCGAUCAACGAAUUCUCUGAUGAUGUCCUCGCUGUCCUUCUUGAAAGUAAAUUGGUCGAUAUCUUCGCUGAGGAUGAUAUCAACGAGCGGAAUUGCCUGCACGAGGCGGCCAUCUCUGGCCGGAAUUUUGUUUUCAAGGCUGGUCUAGAGGCGGGUGUUCAAGCCUCUCGGACGGAUGUAUAUGGGAGAAUACCUCUUCACUAUGCUUGUAUACAUGGCCGUGUGGAGAUGGUACAGCAACUACUAGAGACAGAUCCUAGUACUGUUGACAUUAUGGACCACGACAAUUUCACGCCGUUAAUACAUAGCAUUGUCAAGAAUCAGCUGGAUUGCGCUGACCAGCUUCUCCGCAAUAAUUCCCGCAUUGACCCCGUAUCCGAGUCCGAUCAUAUUCCGCUGAAUUUGGCAUGUCAACAUGGGUCCCUCCCCAUUGUUAAGAUGCUUUUAGAAAGGAAGGCCCAGCUCCUCCCCGAUGCAGAGGGCCUGUACCCUCAGCACAUGGUGGCGCGAGCUUCACAGUCUCCUGAGAUCCUGCUAUUGCUCAAACAGCAUGGCGCGGAUCUUAACCAAAGAGAUAAGCUCUAUCAGUGGACUCCUCUUUUCCAUGCUGCCAGUGAGGGUUGCGUCAAUUGUUUGCGAACGCUUCUGGAGCUUGGUGUGGAUGCGGAUGUUAAGGAUGAGAAAGACCUGGCAGCAAUGUAUUAUGCUGCCUGGGAAGGCCAUUUGGAAUGCAUGCUCUUGCUGUGGUCUCACCAUACCGAGUCACGGCAGUCCCAUCGACCAUUGGACAUUCUGAACGGCCUGCGGCUCCAAGAGCAUGGCUCUACUAUUUCCUGGCAGGAGCAGACUACAGUAGAGGCCGAUGACAUGGAAACGGUGGACGGCAUCCCCAUCCUAUCGCUUCCUCCACCAAUCAUCCCACUCCGACGAUAUGGGCACAACUUCUUGGACAAAAAGGUUUUCGUUCAGAUUUUGUUCGAUCCUAGUAGCUCGAUUUCCUUUGACCAAGCUGGGCGUUAUCCUGCUGCUCGAUUGACUAUUUCUUCGAAACUUUCCGAAUUAAUUCCGCGAACUGUGAUGCUCCCUAUCCAGGAAGAUUCACGAAUGAUUUCCUUCCAUGUUGAUACUCUGCAAACUUUCACCGUGGAUUUUGAGAUUUUCCCCACGUUUGGCUCCAAGGUGAUUGCAAAGACAGUUGCGCUUCCGACAGUCUUCAAAGCAGAGAAAUCCAGCGCCGGCUCUUGUUGUUUGCCACUUUUCGAUCCCCGAUUGCGAUCGAUUGGGCAGCUUCGCUUUGGAUUCCAAGUCAUCAAGCCAUAUCAUGGAGACCCUCUAGAAAUCACGCAUUUCGCGACAUACUGGAAGGCAACAAGCACUGGUGAAUCUGAUCACAGUGGCUUGGUCACUGGAUCUAGUCUUUCAGGAGACCAUAUUCAACUUUUCGUGCAACUUACAAGAGAUAGAAUACCCGUGGUCCACCCACAAUACACGGUGAAACACUAUGGCAUUGAUAUUCCUCUCUGCCAUCUUACCUUUUCGGAAUUCCAAGCCCUCGGUGCUGAAAAGGCUGUUCACAGAGCAGAGAUUCUCCAGCUUCUGCAGACACGCGCUUCCGAAGACAUAGCCCUAACGCAUAGAAUACUCGCCGCAUCAUUCCUAUCCCUAAGUGAGGUUUUCGAGAACCUCCCGGUUGAUGUCAAUGUCAACCUCUCUAUCCUUUACCCAUCAGCUGCGGAGGAACAAUCUUCGAACAUGACCUCUAUGGCAGACGUUAAUACAUUCGCCGACGCUAUUUUGACAGUCGUCUUCGACCAUGCUCGUGUGGCACGCGAUGAAAACCCUGAAUUCAUGCGCUCUGUCGUGUUCACGUCAUACAACGCUAACAUAUGCAUUGCCCUGAAUUGGAAGCAACCGAACUACCCUGUGCUCCUUUGCAACGAUCUUGGUCAAAUCCGCGAUUUGGCCCGUGACGCCGGGACCCAUCCAGAUGUUGACAGCAGUGGCCGGGCGUCAAUGUCUAUCAAGGAAUCGGCGCGUAUAGCGCAGAGCAACAAUUUUAUGGGUCUGAUAUGCCGGUCCAGCCUUUUGAACGUCGUGCCAGCUCUGGUAGCAACUAUCAAGGAACUCGGCCUUGUACUUGUAGCAGAUACCUCCGAUGAAGCCGACCAACCGGACAGCCAAAGCCUAGGCGCCGCCGGCUCCAUGGGCGUGGCCGAAUUGGCAUACCGCAUGCCUGAAGGUGUUAAUGGCUUAAUGAAGGCCAACGGCAUUCUGAGGUUCAAUGAUAUGAUCGACAUGUGA